UGAAUUUUUGUAUAGGUGUCAUAACCUCAAUAAAAAUAGUUCAAAAGUGUCAAAUUAUGGAAUAAAAACAACAAUUAAAUAACAUUAGUUAAUAAUUAAAACAACUACGUGGAGAUGUAUUUAUCAAGUUAAUUAUUAUAAUCCAAUUAAAACAGUUAAAAUUAUAAAGAUGCAGCAAGUGAAGAGUAUAUUUGAUUUCACUGAAACUUGCUGGAAAUAUGUUUUAUCUGAAGUUUCUGAAGCUGCUGUUUAUAUAGAUCAUGCAGCAGCAGAAUGUUUUCAUUGGUAUUCUGGUGAUAAAGCAUAUAUUUCUUUUAAAAAUUCUGGCGCUUCUUCUGUUCAUGAAUUAUCUCUAUUUAAUUUAAAGUUUAUAAAAGCUAAAAAAACAAAUAAAGCUGUUAUUAUUUCAACUUCGGCUGAAUCAUCAUUUUACAAUGAGACCAUAAAAUUAAUAUUAGAAAAAAAUCAUUUUUCCAAGUGUAUUAUAUUUUGUUCAGUACCUACAAGUGUAUUAAAUUAUAAUACAAUUUUUCCACGAGAAAAUAAAAACUAUGAAUUACAACAUGAUUUUAAAUGGACCGAUGGAAAAUAUGAUACAGAGAUUGGAGAGACAAAUGUAACGAUAAUUUAUACACCAAUAUUUACUGCUUCUUUAAAUGAUUAUGUAUUUUUAACACCACCAUUUGGAAAUAUGAUGCCACCAAUUGAUGAAAAAUCAAUUAUUCAUUAUGAAAAUGAUAUAGAAUAUUUUGCUAGUUCUAUGAAUAGUUUAUUUACAAAUUUAAAUGUUAAAGAAGAAAUUUAUUCAAUGGGAAGACUGAGUAAUAUUGUUGCAGAAAAAUUAUCAACAUUACCUGUUGCAAUAAAUAGACGCAAACAAAUUUCUGAUGAACGAAAUGUUUCUUUUAUUCUAUUGGAUAGAACACUUGAUUUAUGUACAGGAUGUUCUUAUAAUACAGAAUCUCUUUUGAGUAGAAUUUUGUGUACUUUACCACAUUUAAAUCAUCAUGAUAAUGAUAUUGCCGUAAAUAUGUCUUCUCUUUGUUUAGGAGCAGAGGAAUGUUUGUCUUCCUUUAUGGUGCCAGGUUGUUUGGCAACAAAUGAAACAAAUUUUAUGGAUUUAUUGUUACAUAAAAAGCAAAAAGAUUUACUUUUAGCGUUUAAUAAAAUGUUGAAUGAAAUGAGUACUGUUAAUGAAAGUCCAGUUAAAACAAAAUUAGCAACUCGAGUAUCGGCUCAUAGUUUGGAAAAAUUGAUUCAUAAAUUUCGAAAUACAGAAAAUAUUGAAUCCUUAACACGAUCAAGCAAAACACUUCAAAUUAUAAUUGCUGUUAUUCAAGCUUUAAAAUCGGAUAAAACAUCACAAUUGGAAUUAUUAAUAAGUUUUGAAAAGUUGAUACUUCAAAAUUUGGCAGUCAGCCGAGAUGCAUCAAGUAUUGUUGCUCAGUUAAGCAAUAUUAUUCAAUCACGAUCAACAAGAGGAUUAAGUAUGGAUAAUUUAUUGGUACUUCUUAUUCACGUUUAUUCAAUGGUUGGAAAUGAUAUUAAUUUUCCCCCUCAACAAGAAGAACAAUUGAGAAAUUCAUUAGCUGAAGCUAUUUUUCAGGAUAUUAAAAAAUGUAAUGAAAUUGAAUCAAGUGAGGAUUUAUCAGUUUAUCAUCAAACUUUAAUUCUCCUCAGUUUUGGUAUUACUGAUGAAAAAUUAAUGAUGAAAACCUCAAAACAAAUUGCCACCAAUAUAAUGGAUUUAUUUCAUGCAAUUGCUAGUCAACGUCAUACUUUACAAAAUUACAAAUCAAUUAUAUAUAAAUCAAAUAAACAAGAAAUGGCAAAAAAAGUUGGUCUUGUCGAAAGACUGGUUACGGAUCUAAUUGAUCCAAAUAAAUUGGAAAUUCCUGAUUUACAGUGCAAUACAUUUUCUUUACUCUCAACUAGUUUCAAUCUCUUAAUGAAAGGUAGAAUGAAACAUCCAUCGGACAGUUCGUUAAUUAUAAUUUAUAUUAUUGGUGGAAUAACAGCAGAUGAGGCAAGAAUUGUUCAUGAGAAAACAUCAAUAAAUAAUUUUGCACAUCCAAAAAUUAUAUUAAGCGGUUCGAGAUUAUUGAAUCCAUUGGAUGUACUCGAGAAAAUUCUAUUAAGCAAUUUAAGCGCUAGUUUAAGUUGAAAAAAAAAUUUUUCAUUUAAAAAUUUUUAUAAAUGACAAUUUUAUAUAAAAAAAAAGUUAAAUUGUUUUUUUUUGUUAAAAAGUAUUUUAUAUUUAUUAAAAAGUUGAAAUUUAAUUAUUUCAAACAUGUCA